UCCGGCAAGAUUCGAUCAGUUCCAUACGGUGGGUUCUUGUGUAUCGGGGUGUUAAUCAAAGUAGUUUUCUCAAAUUGUUCAACAAUUAAAAAAAUCAGAACAGCUAAGUGAAAACAACCAUUUUAUAAAACUAAACUUUUGCGUAAAACUGUUUUUCAAAAUAUACUCAUUGUAUGGUGUUAUAUAAAUGAAUUUAGUUAUUUCCCUCAAAGCAUAAUUAUUAUUCCUUAUUGACACAAAGUUUCGAGAAUUUCACUACAGGACAUAAUCAAAGGUCAGUUAGCCCUCCUUUCGGGCUCUGACCAUAGCUCCAAGCUUGAUAUCGUUCUAAUCAACUGCCACGGCGAACCACCCUGGUGACACGAGAUUCAAUAGGCUAAACACCUCAGGCUGCCUCUUCGCUCAUAUUGAAAUAUUCGAUAAACUACAAUAAACUGAACUGCACAUCCCUUUGGCUUACGAUUUUUGAAUCCCUUUGAAAGUACUUGAACGCACAUUCCGUAUUUACAAAAAAAAAGAUGAAAUUCUUCGAACGUGACAACGAAUUAAUCCAAAUUGUGGACGGACUGGUCAAUGUGCCGGCUUUAACCAACAAGUUAACCAACCAGCUGUCCACCGAGGAACCUUUCUACGUGAUGGAUAUAGAUGAGAUUGUCCGUAAGCAUCAAAACUGGAUCGAGAAGAUGCCCCGCGUUGUACCGCACUAUGCCGUUAAAUGCAACGACAACGACGUGGUUUGCGCAACGUUGGCCGCCCUCGGGGCUAGUUUCGAUUGCGCCUCUAAAGGGGAAAUCUCCAAGAUUCUCGGGUUCGGUGUCAGUCCGGAUCGUAUUAUUUUUGCCAAUCCAAUGAAACCGAGCUCGCAUCUGCGUUAUGCCGAUGCCAACAACGUUAAAACUAUGACAUUCGAUAGCGAUGUCGAACUGCACAAAAUCAAAACGAUUAGUCCAGAUGCGAAAUUAGUGCUGCGUAUCCGCUGUGAAGCGGAAAAGGCACUUUGUCCACUGGGUAAGAAAUUUGGCUGUGAUCCGGAGGAGGAAGCUCCUCGCCUGAUCAAGAUCGCUCGAAGUCUCAAUUUAGAAAUAGUUGGUAUUAGCUUUCACGUUGGAUCGGGCUGUGCUGACUUCCCGAUCUAUUUCAAAGCAAUUUCUUAUGCUCGCGACCUGUUUGAUUACGCCAAAACAUUCGGAUAUGAGAUGAAUUUGCUGGAUAUAGGAGGUGGUUUCCCAGGGGAGAAAGGAACGAUUAUAGAUGAAGUCGCGAUGAUCGUCAAUAGCGCUUUGGACAAAUUCUUCCCGGAUAAAUCGAUUCGCAUAAUUUCGGAACCAGGCCGCUAUUACGUUUCUGCGGCUUUUACCUUGAUAACUGCUGUGCAAUCAAAGCGUGUAUGUUUGGACCCUAAAACAAGAGCAAUCGAUCGCAUGAUGUACUAUUUGAACGAUGGGGUAUAUGCUUCAUUCAAUUGUAUUUUAUACGAUCACCAAAUGCCAAAACCAGUACUACUCAGACAACAUGAUGGAAAGAAAUAUAACAGCACUAUAUGGGGACCUACAUGUGAUGCGUUGGACCAAUUAGUCGAAAACAUUCAACUACCAGAGCUUCACAUCGAUGAUUGGGUUAUGUUCGAGAAUAUGGGAGCAUAUACGAUUCCGGUCGCGAGUCCAUUCAAUGGAUUUCCACUACCGAAGGUAUACUGCUACAUAAGCAAGGACACAUGGGAGAUGCUCAACGAUCUGUGUCCAGUUAAUGAAAGCAGUUUUUGUUUCCCGGUUGGAAACGAAAUUACAAUGAACUACGAAGAUAUAGCAUGUGCCUGAAAACCAACAUUACUCAGUGAUAUAUCAAUUAUAACUCAUUCAAAACAAAGUGCGCAUAAAAAUUCAUUUUAUCUCUAUUGUAUUUUCAACAUUUCAAUAUGCGAAGAGGCAGCCUGCAACUGCUAUGUAUAAAGUAAUAAAGUAUUAUUAGAUAAACUACA